GGCGGCGAGACACCGGGGCUGCGGCGCCGCCUGCCCGUCCCGCCAGCAGAGUCCCGCUGCCGCGCGCCGCCCGCACACGCCACCGCCGCCGAAGCCAUGGGCUCCUGAGGCCAGUGCCUCGCCGACUGCAAGGGUUUCUCUCGGGGACCCCCUGCUGCCUGGUACCAUGACGGUGAGGGGGGCCGCACUGGCCCCGGAUCCUGCGUCGCCCACGACCAUGGCAGCAUCGCCCAGCGUCUCCGUGACCCCUGAGGGCAGCCCCACGGCCAUGGAGCAGCCCGUGUUCCUGAUGACAACGGCCGCCCAGGCCAUCUCGGGCUUCUUCGUCUGGACGGCCCUGCUCAUCACCUGCCACCAGAUCUACAUGCACCUGCGCUGCUACAGCUGCCCCAACGAGCAGCGCUACAUCGUCCGCAUCCUGUUCAUCGUGCCCAUCUACGCCUUCGACUCCUGGCUCAGCCUUCUCUUCUUCACCAACGACCAGUACUACGUGUACUUCGGCACCGUGCGGGACUGCUAUGAGGCAUUGGUCAUCUAUAAUUUCCUGAGCCUGUGCUAUGAAUACCUCGGGGGAGAAAGUUCCAUCAUGUCCGAGAUCAGAGGGAAGCCCAUCGAGUCCAGCUGUGUGUACGGCACCUGCUGCCUCUGGGGGAAGACUUACUCCAUCGGAUUCCUCCGGUUCUGCAAGCAGGCCACCCUGCAGUUCUGCGUGGUGAAGCCACUCAUGGCCGUCAGCACCGUGGUCCUCCAGGCCUUCGGCAAGUACCGGGACGGUGACUUUGAUGUCACCAGCGGCUACCUCUAUGUGACCAUCAUCUACAACAUCUCUGUCAGCCUAGCCCUCUAUGCCCUCUUCCUCUUCUAUUUUGCCACCCGGGACCUGCUCAGCCCCUACAGCCCCGUCCUCAAGUUCUUCAUGGUCAAGUCUGUCAUCUUUCUCUCUUUCUGGCAAGGCAUGCUCCUGGCCAUCCUAGAGAAGUGUGGGGCCAUCCCCAAGAUCCACUCGGCCCGCGUGUCUGUGGGCGAGGGCACCGUGGCCGCUGGCUACCAGGAUUUCAUCAUCUGUGUUGAGAUGUUCUUCGCGGCGCUGGCCCUGCGGCACGCCUUCACCUACAAGGUCUAUGCUGACAAGAGGCUGGACGCACAAGUACCAACAUACGGCCCUUACGGCCGCUGCGCGCCCAUGAAGAGCAUCUCUAGCAGCCUCAAGGAGACCAUGAACCCGCACGACAUCGUGCAGGACGCCAUCCACAACUUCUCGCCCGCCUACCAGCAGUACACACAGCAGUCCACCCUGGAGCCCGGUCCCGCCUGGCGCGGCGGCGCCCACGGCCUCUCCCGCUCCCACAGCCUCAGCGGCGCCCGCGACAACGAGAAGACCCUCCUGCUUAGCUCCGACGACGAGUUCUAGGUGCGGCUGCUGGCGGGGACGGCGGGCGCCUUGGCGCGGGGCCGGCUGUGCCCCCCCCACCCCCCAGCUGCCCCCACGGGCAGGAGGCGGGCCGGCGCCGCGUUGGCAGUGCCCAUUAAUUUAUUGGACCAGAAACACUCACCUCUUGCUUCCGAAAGAACAGCCAGGAGCUGUGUGCCCAGGGGACAGCCCAGGCUCGAGACGAGCCUUCGGGAAUAUUUAUACAAGGCCACCCCUGCGCUGCCGGGCGAGGGAUGGAGGAGGCGCGACUCCGGUGCCCUGUGGCUCGUCCCGCAGUAGCAGCAGCACGUUGGGCCCAGCUGUGGCCAUGGGGGACCAGCAGCGGCUGCUCUCUCAGCCCUGACGCGGGUCACCCGCUCCCCUGCGAGACUUCCGGCCCUGCCCCCAACACCGUGCAAUACUCCCACCGGGGCUCCUUCCUGCCUGCUCCCUCCCUUGUGCCCCCCUGUCCUUGCUAGAUUAGUCUCACCGCGGGCAGGAGGGGGAGGAGGGAGCCCGCUGCUCCCCAUGGCCCCUCCUGACCCAGGGCCUGCCUGGCAUGCUGCAAGGACCAGAGCGACACCGAGAGCCACGAGUCCCACGUCGGAAGGGUGCUCAGGUGCAUGGGGGCCCUGUGCUGUUGACGAGCAGGGGUCUCUGGGCCCCUGGCUGUCCUCUCCGUGGCUGCCCCUCCUGCCUGCCUCGUGCCCCUUCCUCCCGGCCUGCGGAGGGCAGCCAGCAGCCCGCACUGUCCUAGCACUUGGGGUCUGUCUCCUUGCAAGCAUCCGGGGCAGAGCCCUCAAUUCCCAGCUGCUCCAAGGGUUGGCAGCUCCCAGCCCUCCCUCCCUCCCUCCCUCCCAGGCUGAGCAGUGAGAACCCCCACAGCGCCCUGGGCUCUCCCUAGGGCUUCUCCCCUUCUCAGGGGAAGGGUCUGCGUUUCCACAUUUCAGACCAGGAGGGGCGCGGUCCCCUGAGAGGGAGGACGGAAGGAUGGGGCACGUGGCAGGGAGCUGGCAAGUGGGCGUGGUGACCCCAGCCUCCUCUCCCUGGCACGGUAUCCACACAGGGCCUGGUGUCCUGCCUCGGAUGGCCCCUGGGCCCAUCUCUUCUGUGCCUUAGUCACAUAUGAAAGCUCCCCCUUCCUAGGCCCUCAGUCUGUCUGGCCGCAGGCAGCCGCUGGGGGCACCCUAUCAAGCUGCUGGCGCUCAGGAUCCUGCCGUGCUGGGCCAAGCACCCUCGGACAGGCCUUAGGGGUGGCCGGGAUCACCGGUCCCCUCCCCUUGCUCAUCUCCACGCCCAUAUACUGGAGCCUCCUAGGGCCGGACCCCCCCCCCAUCCUUCCCCAGGCAGGCAGGGCUUACGCCCGCCACUGUCUUAGGAAGAGCCUCUUGACAGAUAACAGUGUAUGUUCAUACAGGCGGAGCCUUCUGGGGCUGGAAACCCGCAUGGCGCUGGGGUUUGGGCCGUAACACCUGGAGACGGUGGUAGGGUGAGGAGGGCCCUGCCCUGUGGUACCCGAACAUCCCCAUGGAGCCUCUUCCUGUUGGUUCAUUACUGGAAUGAACUCUGCCAAGGGUCUGCUGGGGGCCAGGUUCCACGCCAGCCAUCUUCCUGGGCUUCCUUUGGCCUUUGUGACCAAGCCAGCGCCCCGGGUCACAGAGGCCUGUGUGCAGGGUCCUGGAGGCCAGCCCCCGGGCCCUGUCUGGUGGGCCUGGCUGGCGGGUACCAAACUGCCCAGGAAGGCAGCAAGUGGUAGCGGGUCACCUGAGGAGAUUCUCUGUCCCCGGGCCCCCCUCUGCUUUCUCGAAGCUGUUUCUCUGAGUCUCCUCCCGGGGCCAACGUGUGCCGCCUACUCCCUGGCCCCCUUGGUCUCCACCCGCCCUGACACUGGCCGGCUGGCGUGGUCUGUGGGGGACACGGAGGGGGACUCAGUGGCAAGAGUUAGUGGCCCCCAGGGAGAUGAGGGCCCAGGAAUGCGUGCCCGCCCACUCCACCCCUCCUUCCUAGGAUGCAUAACCUACCUGUCUUUUUUUUUCUUUCAUUUUUUUCCCCCGAUAGAGUAGCUCUUUGUACAUAAAAGAUACUUGAAAAAUUAAUUGUAUGAUGUAUGAGAGGACAGAGUCCCUAGUUUUGUAUCUCGUGUAUGACUGCCAUGAGUUCCACCAGAAAGCCGCUCUAUUUUGGUCUCUGACAUUUUAAAUGCGUGACAGAAGUGAGCAAAUAAAGUGAGAAAUCUAUAUAUGAGAUAAUAUAGAUUGUAUUGAAAUCUC